AUAUACCGGAAGAUGGAAUUGUCGGAAAUUCAUUCGCAAUGUAUCGGUGCCAAACUCGGGUCUCUCGUCGAAGUAAAUUUUCGUCCUUCAUCUCGGCGCUGCCCCACACUCCUCUGUCCUCCGCCGGAAAGUUCAAGCUGAGCAAAUUACUUUAACAAAGAAAACGACAGCCCUAAAUCAAGAUUGGCGCUUGGCGCUUUGUUACUUGCAGAAUUGAUCGAUGAAUGAUCCCCAACUAAAGGAAGACGACGUGGAGCAAGAGAUAUGGAGUUGGGGGGCAGGAACUGACGGCCAGCUCGGCACCGGCCGACUCGAGGAUAACCAUCUCCCCCAACUCGUGCGAACUCCGUCACUCUCCUCCGUCCCUGCCAUCUCAUUCCUCUCCUGCGGUGGCGCUCAUGUCAUCGCUUUGACUGCCGGUGGUGGGGUGCUUACUUGGGGAAGAGGCAAUUCAGGGCAGUUGGGGCUGGGAGACAUGAUAAGCAGCUUACACCCUAAGCCAGUGAUGAGGCUGGGGAGCUACAUCAUAACCCAAGUUUCUGCUGGAUGGAGCCAUUCUGGUUUUGUUUCAGAUGAGGGAAAGCUUUAUACUUGUGGGGAUGGCUCAUUUGGGCAGUUAGGGCAUGGUGAUUACCAGUUACGUUGCUUCCCUGAUGAGGUCCUGUUUUUCUCUGAUAAACAUGUUGAUCAGAUUGCGUGUGGGAUGCGCCACUCGCUUGCAUUGGUAAAAGGCUGUUCUGGUGAGCAAGUUUACGGAUUUGGAGCUGGGAAACGGGGUCAAUUGGGUAUCUCUAAGAAGAUUCAGACUGUUAAUCUUCCCAUACUUUCUUCCGAGUUGGAAGCUGCUGAAAUAGUUGGCAUAGCUGCUGGUGGAGAUCAUAGUGCUGCUUUAUCCACUGAAGGGCAUCUCUACACUUGGGGAAGGGGAUUCAAGAGCAAUUCAGAUGUAUAUUCUCCUCAACAUCUACCUUCGCCUUCAUCGUUCAGUAAAGUUGCCCUUGGAUGGAAUCAUGCACUAGUGUUAACUGAUGAAGGGGAACUUUAUAUGCUUGGUGGCAAACAUCACGGAGCGCUGAGUGAUUCUGAAAUGCUAAAUGCGAUGAAGUUUCUGCCUGCAGGCGAUUUCAAGGAAGAUAAUUUCCAAGCAAUCCCUGCUCUUAGUGGAAUAAAAGUUUUGGACAUUGCAGCUGGGGCCGAGCAUUCUGUAAUUGUUACAGAGGAUGGAGGUGUAAAGACUUGGGGUUGGGGGGAGCAUGGUCAGCUUGGUUUGGGAGAUACAUGUGACCACACCAAUCCACAAACGGUGAAUCUAAACCUCAAACUUGAGAGUACUGCUUAUGACGUCAAGGUCUAUUGUGGCAGUGGCUUUACAGUUGCCGUUGCAACAUCCAAUCUCCGCAAUUGAAACUGCAUUUCCCUUUGGAGAAAACUCCAUUGUAUGAUUUUUAACCUCUCAAUUCGAUCAGUUGAAAAAAAAAAGGGGGCGAUGUGGAUAGCAAGAAAAGCGAUAUUGCAUUAGCCAUAACAAGCUGAAAUGAAUCUUCAACAACUUUUAUUGAGCUAAUCAAGUUUUGUGGCAAAAUUGUCCUAUCUAUCUAUAUUUUUACAUCGUGGAUGGAGACUAGAAGAAAACUAAACUAGAAGUUGAGAGAGAGGCAAUGUAAUUUGAACGAAUAUGCUACAAUGGCACCCGGAAAAAAAAGAAUAUAAAAAGCCUGGUGUAAACUGUUAAGUGAUAAUCAGUAGAUUAUUUUCAUA